AUGGCUGGGGCGUUCGUGCUCUGCUGUGUCGGAGGUCCAGCACUGAUGUACUACACGACACCCACCGAAGGCGAAGUCUUCAAACGCUUCAAUCCCGAUCUUCAGAAACGCAACAUCGAACUACGCGAAAAACGCAUCAAAGACAACGAGGAAUUCGUCUCUAAAUUAAUCGAGUAUUCAAAAUCAGAUAAACCCAUUUGGAUUGUUGCUGCCGAGGCCGAGAAGAGAGAGAAGGCCGAAAGCAUGAGGAAGGCAGCGGAGCAAGGGAUGGAAAGGGACAGUAUUAGGGAGGAGAUGAGACGGGUACAGGUCGAAGGGAAAUAA